AGAAUUCCACUGAGGAGGCACAAGUCGAUCCGGCAAAGGAUGAGGGAGAAAGGGAUGCUGCCGGAAUUCUGGGAGCACAACAAGUUGGAUCUGAUACAACGUGGCCACAUGCAACAAUGUUCCACACUGCAGACAUCGACUGAACCUCUUCUCAACUACAUGGAUCUGUCUUAUUAUGGAACAAUCAGCAUUGGUAAUCCUCCACAAAGCUUCACCGUCAUCUUUGACACUGGCUCAUCCAACCUCUGGGUCCCCUCUGUCUAUUGCAGCGAUGCUCCCUGCAUGAGCCACACGAGAUUCUCCCCGUCCUCCUCCUCGACCUACCGUUCAAAUAACGAGCGCGUUGCCAUCCAAUACGGAACUGGGAGCAUGACGGGAAUAUUGGGAUACGACACACUGAGAGUUUCUGACAUCACCAUCCGCGGCCAGGAACUGGGUUUAAGUUUGACUGAACCUGGCGGAUUCUUCAACCAUGUCAAAUUUGACGGUAUCUUGGGCAUGGGCUACCAGUCUCUCUCUGCAGAGGGCGCCACCACUGUGCUACACAACAUGAUCUCUCAGCAAGUUAUCUCCGAGCCCCUCUUCUCCGUCUACUUGACCAGGUCAGCAGUGGAUGGUGAGUCAGGAAGUGAAAUCAUUUUUGGCGGUGUCGACCCCAGCCACUACCAAGGCUCAAUCAACUGGGUACCUGUCACACAUCAAGCUUACUGGCAGAUCGAGAUCCAAAGAGUGACUGUCAACGGGCAGGUGGUGGCUUGCAGUGAGGGUUGCCCCGCCAUUAUAGAUACCGGCACCUCCCUACUUGUUGGACCCACCAACGCCAUCACCAACAUCCAACAGGCAGUCGGAGCCACACCUGGUUCCUAUGGCCAGUACUCCAUAAACUGCAAUGAUCUCAGCAGCAUGCCUGAUGUGGUCUUCACCAUCAAUGGAUACGAUUUUACUCUUCCUGCUACUGCCUACGCACUCAAGUCCACCUACUACAACCAGGUUAGCUGCAUGAGCGGAUUUGGUGACACCGGCUCCAACCUCUGGAUUCUGGGCGACGUCUUCAUCGGCGAGUACUACUCCAUCUUCGACCGUGGAAACAACCGCGUGGGUCUGGCCAAGGCCGUUUCUGACAUCACCAUCCGCGGCCAGGAACUGGGUUUAAGUUUGACUGAACCUGGCGGAUUCUUCAACCAAGCCAAAUUUGACGGUAUCUUGGGCAUGGGCUACCAGUCUCUCUCUGCAGAGGGCGCCACCACUGUGCUACACAACAUGAUCUCUCAGCAAGUUAUCUCCGAGCCCCUCUUCUCCGUCUACUUGACCAGGUCAGCAGUGGAUGGUGAGUCAGGAAGUGAAAUCAUUUUUGGCGGUGUCGACCCCAGCCACUACCAAGGCUCAAUCAACUGGGUACCUGUCACACAUCAAGCUUACUGGCAGAUCGAGAUCCAAAGAGUGACUGUCAACGGGCAGGUGGUGGCUUGCAGUGAGGGUUGCCCCGCCAUUAUAGAUACCGGCACCUCCCUACUUGUUGGACCCACCAACGCCAUCACCAACAUCCAACAGGCAGUCGGAGCCACACCUGGUUCCUAUGGCCAGUACAACAUAAACUGCAAUGAUCUCAGCAGCAUGCCUGAUGUGGUCUUCACCAUCAAUGGAAACGAUUUUACUCUUCCUGCUACUGCCUACGCACUCAAGUCCACCUACAACUACCAGGUUAGCUGCAUGAGCGGAUUUGGUGACACCGGCUCCAACCUCUGGAUUCUGGGCGACGUCUUCAUCGGCGAGUACUACUCCAUCUUCGACCGUGGAAACAACCGCGUGGGUCUGGCCAAGGCCGUUUAA